AUGGACCCAAAUAUCUUGGAUAGUCUUCUUGAUCUGGAGGAGGAGUUCUACAAUGAGGGCUACGAAUUGGGCACUGUGGAUGGAGCGGAAUCGGGGUAUACCGAAGGCAGUGUUUUCGCCGUGGAAAAAGGAUUUGAGAAGUUCGUGGAGAUGGGACGUUUGUACGGCAAAGCCCUAGUCUGGGCGCAGCGGCUUGACUUGAAGCAAUCCGGCGCAAAGCCUUCAUCUGAAACGGAGAGCGCGUCGGACACUCUUUCUCUCGAUCCAUCGAUUUGUAAAGACAUGCCCAGUCUUCCACCACACAGUACUCGAUUGGCUAGGAAUCUGCAAACACUACUUGAGCUCGUUGACCCGGCUACGCUCGAUAUGAACAACACGGAAGAAGCUGUCAACGAUGUGGAUGAGCGCCUGAAGGGUGCCGCUACUAAAGCGAAACUCAUCCAGCGCGCCAUGGGUGAACGCGAGGAGUCUAGUGCACAGGCUGAGCCCAAGGACAUGCAAGCAUCCGGAGAUGGUUCCGGCAGCAUUGAAGAUAUAAGCGCAUUGAACAUCCGUCACUGA